AUGUCGGCUGUGAAGAUGACAGAGGGCAGUGUGCAGCUGGAGAGCUGUAAAGCGCCGCUGUUCUACAGACAGAGUGAACCUGCUGCAGGGGAAGUCAAGAUGUCAGUUUUACUCCUUCAUGGCAUCCGUUUCUCUUCAGAAAACUGGCUCAACAUAGGCACUCUGGACACUCUGUCCAAAGCAGGCUACCGGGCUGUCGCCAUCGACCUGCCAGGACUCGGUCAGUCUAAGUCAGCCGAGGCCCCGGCAGCGGUCGGAGAACUGGCCCCUGCAGGUUUUCUGAAAGAGGUGUGUGAGCAGCUAAGCCUGAGCCCGGUGGUGGUUAUCAGCCCGUCACUCAGCGGGAUGUACUCCCUCCCCUUCCUCCUCCAGCACCAAGCCCUGAUACGAGCCUACAUCCCCGUGGCUCCAAUCUGCACCGACAAAUUCACAGCAGAGCAGUACCAGAGUGUGAAGGUCCCAUCGCUGGUCGUUUAUGGUGACCAGGACACUCAGCUCGGAGAAAUAUCACUCGGCAACCUGAGGAAUCUGGCCAAUCACAGCGUGGUGGUGAUGAAAGGAGCGGGUCACCCCUGUUACCUGGACGACCCGGACACUUGGCACAAAGCUCUCACAGACUUCCUUAAUACGCUGUGAAGCUCUUCGCUGUGUAUCAGUCACACAUAAGUGACUCAGAGGAGCCACACAAAUAAACACAUUAUUCAUUCCUGAGAAAUUUAGGCCACUAACAUCCUCCAUGACCUGAUUUUGACUUUUUAAAGUGUCAGUAAUGAAACUGGAAAUCAAGACUUUUCUAAUAAUGAGAGGAGGCUCAGAACUUUUAAAGGAAUAGUUCGACAUUUUGAGAAAUAUGCUAAUUUGCUUUUCUGCAGAGAGUUAGAUGGGAAGAUCGAUGAUAAAUAUGAUGCUAAAUUAGCUUAACAUAAAGACUGGAAACAGAGGGAAACAGCUAGCCUGGCUCUGUCCACAGUUAAACAUCUAAAACUCACUAAUUAACAAUAAUAAACUGUGUAAAAACUACAAUUU